AGCAGCAGCUGGUCACAUAAUGAUCCACCGCUCCUGGCUCCGCCUCCACACACACACCCCCAUCCAUCACGGCAUGAUCAGUGUUUGUCUGACGCUGCUCGUUGUGGAGGAGCUGCUGACUAUGAACACAUGAAUGUCUCUAUCUAGAGUCAGUGUUUGGUUUGUCUGCUCUGGGCUACUGUAGAAACAUGGCGGUGCAACAUGGUGAUCUCUGUAGACGAGGACCUGCUCCCUGUGUAGAUAUAAACAGCUCAUUCUGAGGUAACCAGAACACAAACAUCUGGAACUUCACGCUCUCUGAUGAUAGGACGCACUCGGCUGAUGUCACCUCCUCAGGACGUCGUCCUUCAUCACCUGAAUGUUUUGAAUCAAACCAACAUAAACAUGGUGAGGUCGUCUAUGAGUGUCCUCACAAGUCCAGUACAACAACCGAGUGUGUUCUGCAGCUGAUUGGAUGUUUUCUGAAAAUCAGGAAAAAAAGACGAAAAGACAGGAAGUGCUCACAAAGACAGGAAGCUGAAAUAAGACGCGUGUGUUACUCUGUGUGUGUGUGUGUGUGUGUGUGUGUGUGUGUGUGUGUGUGUGUGUGUGUGUACGUGUCACAGUCAAAGUUCAGGCCUCAUAAUCUUUGUCAAACAUUCACUUUCACACAAACAGUAACACACACAAACAUUAAAACAACAGUGUGUGUGUGCAAAGACAAUCAAGGUGCCCUCACACACCCAAACAUCCUGAAUCCAUUUAUGACGUGUGUGUGUGUGUGUGUGUGUGUGUGUGUGUGUGUGUGUGUGUGUGUGUGUGUGUGUGUGUUACUGUGUGUGUGCGUGUGUGGGCGGAGAGACAUGAUUUCAUUUCAGGGCGAGUGAGCACCACUGAAGAAUGAGAAUGAGAGAGAGAGGAGGCAACUGAGCGCGCUCAGAUCAGAUCAGUCUGCAGACGGAGGAGCAGUCAGGAGGAGCAGGCAGACGGAGGAGCAGACGGAGCACAACAGGAAUCAAACCUGUGGACAGAUGUUCAUUAACAGACGACAGGUGUGCGUCUCCAUGGCGACAGAUGUGUGUGUGCUGCUAAGCGCGUGGGUCGGUGUGUGCGUGGCGUUCAACCUCGACACGUCGUUCCCGCUGCUGAAGAGGGGCCGAGACGGAAGUCUGUUCGGACUGUCUGUGGCUCUGCACCAAGACCUGAAGACCGACCGUUACUUGCUAUUGGUGGGAGCUCCGAGGGAGAAGGCAGAGCCUAAUGUUCCAGCCAAUCGAACAGGAGGAGUGUACAGCUGCCCGAUCACUGCUGACCAAUCAGAGUGCAGCAGGAUGAAGCUCAUAGACCCAGACCUGAACCUCUCUGAGGACCUGAUUGAGGACAUGUGGUUGGGCGUCUCAGUGGCGAGUCAGGGCCGACCUGGAGGACGGGUCCUGGAACUUCCUGUGGAGGAUUCAGUGACUGUCAUAGUUUGUAUCUGGACUUCUCUGAAGGUUCUAAGAUGGAGGAGUUUUUCAGACAGCAGAACUGAGACGUCAACAGUCCACCUGCUGCUCUGAGAGACACUGAGACAACUGUGAGACAGCUCAGUGUCUCUCAGAGGACUCAUGUCAAACCACAGCUGAAGGAUCUGAGACCACGGGGUCAGAUUACAGAGAAUACCUGAAGAUAAAUGAAGCGACUCAUCAGACGGUGAAGUGUGAAGUGUGUGGUCAUCGCUUCAUUAAACUCUACGGAGCGUUCAAACUGAGACACAUGAUUGGCCGCUGUUAUCUCCGUGGAAACGACCUGCAGUACAAUGAGACAGACAUGCACUGGCAGAACCCCGACCAGCCCUGCAGUCACCUGGGUGAUGUCAGCACAGAGGUCAUGUGUAACAUGGGGAUUUCUGCCGCCAUCACUCAGACUGAGGUCAUCGUCGGCUCACCAGGAAGCUUCGAAUGGCAAGGAAACGUCCAUGUCUCCUGGAUGAAUCCAGACGUCGUCUUUGACACUCAGAGGAGCUCCUUCCCCAACAUGGAGCGCAGGAACAUUUAUAUAGGGUACUCAGUGACUCAGGCUCGUUGUCUUCUCUCUCAGGACGAUGAAACCAUAGUAACAGGAGCUCCUAAGGACAGUAAAGAGGACGCUCGCGGCUCCGUGCUGCUCGCCGUCAAACGCUCAGAUGGACUGCUGACUCAGCAGACUCUGCGCGGUGAACAGAUGGGCUCGUACUUCGGUAACGUCGUGGCAACCGCUGACCUCAACAAUGAUGGGUGGAAUGACCUGCUGGUGGGCGCUCCUUUUUACUUCCACCGUCAGCAGGAGGCGGGUGGAGCCGUGUACGUCUACAUGAACGCAGGAGGUCGCUUUGAUCCUGAGCCCAGCGUGGUGCUGAGAGGACCGGCUGGGUCGGCGUUCGGUAUGGCUGUUACCGCCGCCGGAGACCUGAACCAAGAUGGCUUCCAGGACUUCGCAGUCGGAGCUCCGUUCCAUGAAAAAGGAAGUGUGAUGAUCUGGAGCGGGAGCAGCGAGGGGGUCACCACAGAGCCCAGUCAGGUGAUACGGGGCAGCAGAGUCUCUGCGGCGUUCAGUACCUUCGGAUACUCUCUGUCUGCAGGACUCGAUGUUGACGGCAACAGAUAUCCAGACCUGCUGAUCGGCUCUCUGGACGACACUGUUGCUCUGCUCAGAACUCGCCCAGUCGUUCAUCUCAAUAAAACCAUCAGAGUUUCUCCAGAUGUCGUCGACCCGAACAGCUGUGACUUCUGUGUUCAAGUGGAUGUGUGUUUCUCCUACAUGUUCAGCACCGGAGAGAAGAGCGACAGAGACAACAUCACCGUCGACUUUACUGUCACCGCUGACAUCACCAGCCUCAAGCCCCGCCUCCGUUUCCUGGACAACAGGCAGAGUGUGUACUCUGGUUACCUGUCGAUGCCAAAGAGACAGUGUGAAACCCUGAGAGUUGGACUGCAGGGUCCGAUCAGAGACAAAGUGGAACCUCUGGUGUUCUCCCUGAAUGUCUCUCUCUACGAAAAGCUUCCCAAGAAAAGACACGCAGUGCAAGACCUGAAACGCCUCCCAGUCCUGAGCCAGACACCCCGACCCAUCAGAACCCAGAUCCAUAUCCAGAAGGCCUGUGGUUCUGAUAACCGUUGCCAUAGUAACCUGCAGAUGACGGCUCAGUUCACAGAUGAGAACCAGAAACCCUUCAUCAGGCAGAAGGACAGUCAGGUGUUGCACUACGACAGCAGCAUCAACCGCCUGUUUCUGGAGGUUAACGUCAGCAACACACUGUCACCGGGCCGACCAGCGGAGGAUGCUCACAACACCGUUUUGAACAUUAGCAUCCCGGCAUCACUCAUUUACUCUGGAGUCCGAACCAAGGGUGACGUCCAGGCGGUGGUGAAAUGUUCUGUUGAGGACAACGUUCUUCUCUGUGAGCUGGGGAACCCGUUCAAAAGUAACCAGAAGGUUCAGGUGUUGAUCAUCUUCCAGCCGUCUGAGAUCAGUUUAGACACCAGAGAGAUUCAGUCUCUGCUGCAGCUGUCCACGCUCAGUGAGCAGUCCGAUCUGUCUCCUGUCUCCGUCUCCAUGUUGGUGGAGUAUUCUCUGCAGACGUCUCUCACUCUAAUCAACCUGCCAGGCCCCGCCUCCUUCAGCGGUCAUGUGAUGGGUGAGUCGGCCAUGAAGAAGACGGAGGACAUCGGCAGUCUGCUGCUCUUCACCUUCCAGGUGCACGUCAGCGGGAAGCCCCUGGGUCACCUAGGCGACCUGCAGGUGGAGAUUGAUUGGCCGAGGGAGACGUCCAAUGGGAAGUGGCUGCUGUACCUCGCAGAGAUCCAAGUGAGCGGAACAUCAGAGGCUCGCUGCAACCCGCCCGGCAAAAUUGUCAACCCCCUCAACCUCGUGCUGUCAGAGGAGAAGAAGAAGAGGAGGAGGAGUCUGAAGGAGGAGGUGCAGGUGAAGGAGGAGGAGCAGAGGGAAAAGACUCUACCUGUCCUCCACCUGCAGGGACAGAAGAAGAAGUCCUACACUCUGAACUGUGUGCACGGGGCCAAGUGUGUGACGUUUGUCUGUCCGCUGGUCAACAUGAACAACUCAGCGACUCUCACUGUCAGAGCCAGACUGUGGAACUCCACCAUGAUUGAGGACUACAGCGAUGCGAGGAACGUGUUGGUUCAAGGCCGGGCGACGCUGAAGCUGCAGACUAACAAACCAACCAUCAACAUGGAGCCUCACAGUGCAGAGAUCGAAGUCCACAUUUAUCCAGACCCAGGGCAGCAGGUGGACUCUAGCGCCCCCCUGUGGAUUAUCGUGGUGUCUGUCCUGGCUGGGGUCGUACUGCUGGCUGUGAUUUGCCUUCUGCUGUGGAAGUGUGGUUUCUUUGUGCGUCGGAGGGCAUGGCGGGCCACAGCGCUCCACCAGGGGAGGAUUAUGGGUAAAGACGAGCAGCAGCAGCGCACAGAUGCUGAUGGUUUCCUGAUCCAAGUUAACGCCACCUCGUCCAGAAACAGGAAAUCGCCCAAACACUGGGUCACCUCCUGGACUGAGACACUCUGAGAACUGAAGGUAUCCAUAGAAACCAACCUGGACUGGACCAAACUGGACCAUCAUACCCUGAACCGGAUCAAAGCGGACCAAACUGGACCAUCACAUCCUGAACCGGAUCAAAGCGGACCAAACUGGACCAUCACACCCUGAACCGGAUCAAACUGGACCAUCACACUCUGAACCGGAUCAAACUGGACUGUCACACUCUGAACCGGAUCAAACUGGACCGUCACACCCUGAACCGGAUCAAAUGGGACCAACAGCUGCUGGACUGCCUGUGUGCUGUCAUGUGAAAACCUCUUAACAUUCCGUCCAGUCUGUAUUAAAAUUUCCAGGUUUCCAGCUCAGAGUUUGUGUAAUUAAAAUAUUUUUUUGUAAACAACAGGACGUGAUUUUCUGUGAAUUAUUUAUUUGUCUUUAGAAUUUUUCCUUGUUAAUAUGUUGUUUUUUUAUAUAUCUGUGUGAGUUGUGUGUGAACUGCAUUUCCCAGCAUCCUUCUGGCCUCUAAGUCGGAUCCUGUCGCAGAUCAACAGAACAACAGUUACCAGGAGUCAGUCAAGUGUUUUAAAGUUAUAAACAUGUUUCGUCAGUAUCGUCUCUGCUGGAAAGCGACAGAUUUGAUGUCGACUGGAAACAACAGUAAAUCUAAAAAAAAUACAUAAAUACAUUGAUUUAUUAAUUAUUGGGAAACUGAUCAGCAGGAAGUGAUCAGGAUUUAUAGGUAAAGGGCUCAAUAAUAAAAAGUGGAAUGCUCCUUUAACAACCAAACAUGGCAGCAGAGGUCGGUGUCGACAGGUUUAAUGUGUCAGUGUGUCGUGAUGAUGUGUUAAACUGCUGCCUGUCAGGGCUCCUUGUAAACUAAGGAAAAUUACUUGUGUUGCUUUUAGGUGCUGAAGGCUCCUGUAAGAAAAAAAACUUUUUGUUGUGGAUUUAAUUUAAAAAAUCCAAGAUAAUCAGCCAGCUGUUGAAGUUUGAAGUCGUCUCUUCUACAGAGCUGUUUCUGUGGCCUCUCACUGCCUUUUAUAUGAUUGUCAAAUAUGUGACAGCACAUGAAGCAGCAUGUGUUUGUGUGUAAAGUCGUCAGACGUGUUCAGAUUGGCUGUGGUUUGUCAACACUGUGGUGAACUGUGUGUGUGUGUGUCAGUGCGUUUCCUGUAUGUUGAUGAUAUUAAA